AUGCUGGCUAAUACAGAAUUAGACUUGCACGAAGAAGACGACCAAACAACAAAUGAAACUAAGUCUGGAAAUGAAGUCUUUGAUAAAUCACCAAUGCAGUUUCCAUUUGUCCAAAAAAAAGAUAUAAAAUGGAUAAAUAAACCAUUUCAAGAGCCGUAUAUAAAUCUUACAGAUUUAGAACCAAUAGAUUGUCCCUCCACUAUACCACAACCAUACGAAUAUUUCACUAAAUAUUUUGACCAAAAAAUAUUCGAAGACUUGUCAUUUUAUACCAAUUUAUACGCAGUUCAAAAUAAUGAUUUUUCUUUUAAACCUACGUCACCAUUAGAAAUAAGAUCUUUUAUUGCAAUUCAAAUGAUGAUGGGUGUUUUGAAGUACCCUAGGAUCGGGAUGUACUGGGAACAAAAAUUUCGCGUAAAUAUAUUUGCCGAUACAAUGCCCAGAAAUAGAUUUUAUUCUAUUCGACAAAAUAUUCAUAUCAUCAACAAUAUGGAUAUAGCUCGUGAUAAUACCGAUAAAUUUGUAAAAAUUCGUCCAUUAUUUGAUGCGCUAAAUAAUCGAUGUAAACAAUUACCAGUGGAACGAAACAUUAGUGUUGACGAACAAAUAGUUCCUUUUAAAGGUCAAUUAGUUAUAAAACAAUAUAUGAAAGGAAAACCGAAUCCGUGGGGCAUUAAAAUAUUUUUACUGUGUGGUCAAAGUGGCAUUGUCUAUAACAUGAUUCUUUAUCAAGGAGUUUCAACUAAUAUUAACAAGGAUUUACAAAAAAAUUUCGGUCUAGUUUUAUCCGAUAAAGUUAUUAUGAAAAUGGGGAGAGGAACCUCUUAUGAAGUAACUUCAACAUUAGGAGUUGGACUGUUGAAAUGGUGCGACAACAAAGCAAUAACCAUGGCAUCUAACUUCAUUACUUCAGGAAAACCGGAAUCUGUUUCUCGCUGGGACAAAAAAAAUAAACAAUAUGUUAACAUCGAAAGACCAGAAAUUAUCAAACUAUAUAACAAAUCCAUGUUAGGAGUGGACAAACACGAUCAACUUGUGAGUUAUUACCGCGUGUACAUGAAAUCUCGAAAAUGGACUCUGCGUAUGAUAACUCAUGCUUUUGGUAUGGCUGUGGCAAAUUCUUGGCUCGAAUACAAACAGGACGCAGAAAAUAUGGGAAUAUUAAAAAAAGAUCAAAAAGAUUUGUUGCAUUUCAAAACCACUUUGGCUGAAGAGCUAGUGAUGGUUGGACGAUUCAGUCCCGGAAAAAAAAGGGGUCGUCCAACAUCUUCACCAUCCAGUAGUACAAGAUCUGCAGAAUGUAGUUCACCUACACCUGCCAAAACAUCGUCAAAAGCAUUGGAGUUUCGACCAACAGAAGGUGUAAGCAAAGAUCUUUUUGGACAUUUUCCCGCGUAUGAUGAUAAAAAAGAAGUAACACGGUGCAAAAACAAAAUAUGUACAGAGUUGUUUUAUUAUAAAACAAGUUUUCUAUCAAAUGGUACCAUUAAUUUAAACUUGUCAAUUACUUCAUCAAUAUAA